AUGCCGGAUGAGCGAGCACUAGAGCUGGCUGCUCGCUUCUCCGCCCCAAUUCGCUGGGUUCACGUGUGGAGGGCCAUUGAGCGGAGGCAGUCGCGUCCGUAUGUGGCGUCUGUCUUCGCCGCAAUCUCUAGUGCGGUACUGUGCAUCUUUGCCAGGGCCUGGGAACCGUUCUCCCGCGCUCUUUGGUACCUUUGGCGUCUCCUACCAAGCCGUGUACGGAUCCGAGCCUACUAUGAGCUUUAUCGUGCUGGCAGAUUCGUAUACGGCCCAACUGAUGCUAAGGUGCAGCGACUCCCCUUCAACCUGUUCAUCAAAUAUUGCAAUGCGUCUUCAAACGGACCUUUGACCAACGAAUACGGAGCCCUGCAGCUGAUCCGCCGGCACUCGGAUCUCGCGGUGCCCCGGCCCUUAGAUUUAGUCUCAGAUUCGAAACGGUCCUACAUGGUGACCUCGCGCAUUCCCGGCUAUACCAUGGGUGAGGUGUUCAGCAUGCUCACGGACGAGCAGUUGCACGACUUGGCCAGCGAUUUGAACCGCUUUCUUUCGAAGCUCCGCACUAUACCCAAGGAGCUCAGGCCCGGUACGGCCCCGGCGACUGCAGUCACCGGAGCUACCGGUGGCGGAUGCCACCAUGUUCGCAUGGAGUUGAUCUUCGGGAGUCGAACACCAUACGGUCCGUUUGCUACCGAGGAAGAUUUCCACGACUUCAUUCUCACACGGCGGCCCCCGGCUCCGGAUGAGAUUCAACGCGGGGGACACGACAUCGUGAUGACUCAUGGCGAUCUGUCUCGACGAAACAUCCUCGUGCACGAGGACGGAAGACUGGCCGGCGUCGUGGACUGGGAACACGCUGGCUGGUAUCCGACGUAUUGGGAAUACACAAGCUUCCUAUAUGGGCUCGACUCACUGCAUACGCCCCAACGGCUGGCGGACAUGGCUGGUGAUGUAUUCCAGGGGUUUGGGGAUUUUGAACAUGAACUUGCGGUGGAACGGCGGCUAUGGGCACGAAUAUUCUGA